UUUGUAUUUUGCGUGUGUGACUUCAUUUGUUCAGUGUUAGAGACUAGAGAGUACACUAAAAUAACCUGGCCUACUAUAAAUAGCAGUUUGUUCAUUUUUACAACAAUUUCUGGUACUUAAAACCAAAACUACAUCUUGUUAUUCUCAUUAUCUAAUAAAUGAUUCAGAGAUAGUAGGUGGGUCUUCAUUCCACUUGGAAAAAAUUCAUUCGUUUGCUAUUUACAAAUAAUUCAAUCGAAAGAUGGCCUACCAUCAACCCGGUUCGUAUCCAACACCUUACAACAGUAAUUAUCCUCCGGCGCCAGCACCCGGUUAUCCAACGCCCACUGCUCCUGGUUACGGGCCUCCACCCCAAGGAUAUGGCCCACCUGCUCAGGGCUACCAGCCACCUCCAGGACAGUACCCUCCACCCGGAGGCUAUGGAGGGCCCAUUACCAAUCAACCCGGAGGACCAGCAGGUGGCUGGAUGAAUAUGCCUCAAGGCAUACCGAACUGUCCGCCAGGCUUGGAAUACCUUACUAUGAUUGAUCAACUGCUAGUACAACAAAAAGUCGAAGUUUUAGAAGCUCUCACCGGCUUCGAAACCCAAAAUAAGUUUACGGUAAAAAAUAAUUUAGGACAAAAAGUAUUCUACGCCGUCGAGGACUCGGACUGCCUGACGAGGAACUGCUGCGGCCCCCUCAGGCCGUUCGACAUGAAAAUCCUGGACAACUACAAGAACGAAGUCAUGCACCUGCACAGACCGCUCGCUUGCGACUCCUGCUGCUUCCCCUGCUGCCUGCAGAGCAUGGAGGUGUCCGCGCCGCCCGGCUCCAUUUGCGGCACGGUGGAGCAGGAAUGGAGCUUAUUCUGCCCGAGCUUCGCCUUGAAGAACGCCAGCGGCGACACCGUGCUGAGAAUAGAAGGUCCCCUGUGCACGUGGAGCAUCUGCGGCGACGUGGAAUUCAAAAUCAUGUCCGGCGACGGUGCCGUGCAAGUGGGGAAGAUCUCCAAGCAAUGGUCGGGGUUGAUGAGGGAGAUGUUCACUGAUACCGAUUACUUCGGUAUCACUUUCCCCAUGGAUUUGGACGUGAGAAUGAAGGCUGUUAUGCUGGGCGCUUGCUUCCUUAUUGACGCUAUGUUCUUCGAGACGAGUCAAAAGAAUAAUUCUUAGAGUGUUAUUUACUUUGACUUCUUACUCCAAGUUGGAUCGAACGUUUUUUAUUUGUAGUUUUAAGUUUUGUUGCACCCCUUAUAUUAUUGGAUAUUACUUUUUUGUUUCUCGAGGUGGCGGCUUUUUGUGGAAUAUUGCGAUAUUUGCAACUAUACGUAUUGUUACAAAAGACAUUUUUUACAGAUUUUAAAUCUCGAAUACUUAUUGUCUUGAACUAUUUUACUCGUAGAUUAUAUUUCGCCGGCUCUCUUUUUAGCUUUUAGAUUUUUAUAAGUAUUUUUAAAGCUAUAAACAUUAUCGAAUAUGUCUCUUAUGUAUACGUUUUUCAUUUUUUACAUUGAAACUUCGCACACGAGUUACUUGUUUUGGCUGCUAGCAAUUAUUUUUUUCUAUACUGUAACUUAAUAGGUAGCAUAAGUUUGAUUUAAUCUGCUUCAUUUUCGUGUUAAGAUAAAUGUCUUCUCGUCGUGUAAUCAAAAGUCUUAAGCUGUUUAAUGAAAGUGCCUUGCUACUAGCGUGUAUAAGCAUUGUUAUUAGUUUUUUUUUCUCAUAAGUAAUAUACUCCAUCUAGUCAAAACUCACGAAGAAACUUCAGUAUGUUGGAUGUGAGAAAAAAACUAUCGGAUGAUCAAAUUAAAUGGUAUCCAUAUAUUUCUCUUCUGCUCUUACCAUAUAAAAUGUUUUUAUGAAUAUUGCCUUACAAGAUGAGAUUCUUAAACAAAUAAUCUAAUGUAACCCAGCCAAAUUGAAUGCCUCUUUAGCGUUUGAAUCUGAAACCGUUUUAUAUUAUAUAUUGUAACUUUUAUGGAUGUUUAAAUAUAUUUAUUAUACAUUUA